GCGGACAGUUCAUUCUUACUAGCUAAUGCUCAAAUCGUUGAUUUUCCAAUUGUUUACUGCAAUGAGGCCUUUUGUAAAAUUAGCGGCUAUAAUCGCGCCGAGGUUAUGCAAAAGUCAUGCAGCAGAUGCGGCUUCAUGUAUGGCGAGCUGACGGAGAAAGAAACCGUGGCCCGGGUUGAGUACGCACUGGAGCACCAGCAGCAUGACCAGUUCGAAGUUCUGCUCUACAAAAAGAACAAAACGCCAUUGUGGCUUUUGCUUCAAGUGGCGCCCAUUCGAAAUGAGCGAGAUUUGGUUGUGCUAUUUUUGCUCACGUUCCGAGACAUCACAGCGCUCAAGCAGCCGAUUGACAGCGAGGAUACGAAGGGAGGUCUGUCGAAAUUUGCCAAGCUGGCCCGAUCCGUAACCAGAAGCCGUCAAUUCAGCGCUCAUCUGCCUGCGCUUAAAGAUCCUACAAAGCAAUCAAAUCUAGCUCAUAUGAUGUCAUUAAGUGCCGAUGUUAUGCCACAAUAUCGUCAAGAAGCGCCAAAAACACCGCCGCAUAUACUAUUGCAUUAUUGUGCAUUUAAAGCAAUCUGGGAUUGGGUGAUAUUGUGUUUAACAUUUUAUACAGCAAUUAUGGUACCAUACAAUGUAGCCUUCAAGAAUAAAACAUCUGAGGAUGUGUCACUAUUAGUGGUUGACUCGAUUGUAGAUGUUAUAUUUUUCAUAGAUAUUGUAUUAAAUUUCCACACCACGUUUGUCGGUCCUGGUGGUGAGGUUGUCAGCGAUCCGAAAGUUAUCCGGAUGAACUAUCUCAAAUCCUGGUUCAUCAUCGAUCUGCUCAGCUGUCUGCCCUACGACGUCUUCAAUGCGUUCGAUCAUGAUGAAGAUGGCAUCGGAUCACUUUUUAGUGCACUGAAAGUGGUGCGAUUACUUCGACUUGGCCGAGUCGUGCGGAAAUUGGAUCGAUACCUGGAGUACGGAGCGGCAAUGUUGAUUCUGUUGCUGUGCUUCUACAUGCUGGUGGCCCACUGGUUGGCCUGCAUCUGGUACUCGAUCGGCCGAAGCGACGCAGACAAUGGGGUACAAUAUAGCUGGUUGUGGAAACUGGCGAAUGUAACCCAAAGUCCGUAUUCGUACGUCUGGUCCAACGAAUCAAAUGCACCUGAAUUGGUCAAUGGACCGUCCCGUAAAACGAUGUACGUUACGGCACUCUACUUCACGAUGACAUGUAUGACAUCGGUUGGGUUCGGCAAUGUGGCCGCCGAGACGGACAACGAGAAGGUAUUCACUAUCUGCAUGAUGAUAAUUGCAGGUGCAGUGUUCUACGUUCCGUUGCCACGUCCUGUUAUUUUGACACCGUUAUUUUUAAGAGAGUAGUGUUAUUUUUAGCAAAAAACAAAAAAAAACCUCAACAAACUGUACUAUGACGCUCGCUCUUUCCUCACCGACACUCACUUUGCAAACGUCCUGUGUGUAAAGCUGUUUAAAAAAAAUCUUACCUGUCGCUGCCAACCUUCAAUGAACAAACCUUCUAUUGUGCCGUGUCGUGAUUGGUUUUUAUCUAUUGGGAAGCUAGCUGUGAUACGCCAAAAUUCUGUCAAAUUAUACAUAUUACUUUACGUUACUCACGUCAAUCGCUUGUUUUCGUUCAUCUCAGUUGUAUCU